AUGGUGCAGCCUAAUCUAUUUAUCAAUCAUCUGGUGCCGCAUCCCAUAGGAAAGCUACCCAUCGAAACACUGGAAAUGAUACUCAUUGAAUGUGCCAGGGAUGACUAUAGCCCCAGCAAUGUGUUCACGCCAACUGAACGCGAUGCCUUUCCGGACUGGCUGUACAUCACAUAUGUCUGUCGUCUCUGGCGCGGAAUCUCGCUUGGCUGCCCUCACCUGUGGACUCGCAUCACUACUAAUCUCACUCAUCGAUGGGUCACCGAAUUCUUGGAGCGCUCGCGGAAUUAUCCACUCGUUCUCGAAAUCAGCACCGUCCACUCCCACUUCAGCGAGAUCAAAGCCGUCAUCUCCGCCAAUGCCUUUCGAAUCAAGGAGCUCUAUGUCGGUGACAUAAGGGCAAGAAACAGGGAUUUGAGACGGGAGCUCGAUGGGAGGUUGACCGCCCAUAUGCCCCUGCUGGAGAAUUUUAUUUUGGACACAGAUCUGUACGAAAUACAAGAUGAUCUGUUCUCCGGGCAUGCCCCUCGCUUGCGUCGCCUUUGGCUCGGAGAUGCAAUGACCAGCAGCAUCACGUCUUCCCUACUGGGCAAUCUCCGUGAACUUGUGUUAGGGGAGAGCUAUGAUACAGACUAUCUGCUCAAGCUGCUCCAACACACACCGCUCCUCGAAACUCUCAAGGUCAAAGACCUUGUCCCAGAUCUCCGGUACUCUGGAGACGUUGUACGCCUGCCACACCUCUCCAGGCUGUGCAUCCAAUUGAAUGAGUACCGGCACUUCGUCGACUUUCUCGCACCGCUCCAGAUGCCUCCGACGGUCCACUUCCGGCUUACGCUGUGCGUCAGUAGGGAGUCAAGCUCCGAAGAGGAGUACGGAGCCGCGCUCGACGUAAUGGCUGACCGCAUUCGCGGUAUCAGCAAGUCUUUGGGCCCUUUAUACGCCAAUGUGUAUAUCGAGCCGGAGAAGAACUGGUGUAUCGGUUGGUACCCUAUGCUCCAGACACUCGGCGAUCCUACCGUCGACCGGAUUCCACGGCGCGCACUGCUCGACCACGGGGGCGGC